AUGGCGGACCCGGGAAGAUACAGGUAUUCGGGAGCUCCGGGGCGCCGAUCGCCUCCCCUCUACAACCCCGCCCGAGCCUCGCUGCCCGUCACCAGCGCCGGCUACACGUCGCUCUACGGCGGAGAUAUGCUCGCCCACGAACCCCUCGUGUCACGGCCCGCUGCCGAAUACCGUCCUACCGUCGUGCCCGUCAGCUCUACCACGUACGCCGUCAGGUCGGACCCGCUUGGAAGGUCCACCAGCGUUAAAGAGGCCCCGGCCCGCGACCACCGCGCCGCUCCCAUCAUCGUCACCACCAAGCAUCCCUCAGCUGGCGGCCGAUCUGGCAGCCCGUCACGCGAUCCCUAUCGCUCUAGUGACGAGAGUCAAUUCUACGCCCAGCCUGCCUCCUCGAUAAACCGCUCCCGCAGUAAUGCUCGGGCCCCUUUCAGCCCGGCUUUGGAUGGCGACGAAUACCAACGGCUCAAGGGGAGAACCGAGCACGACAGGAUUCUUGGCUCGCGAGCUGCGGACGUCUACCGCUCCUCACGCCCCGGCGUCUUCUAUUCCACGCCCCACCGCAGCAACACCCUGGAAUUCGAAGAUGGGGGCUACGAGUAUACAAAGCCCAGCGACUUGGCGCGUUAUGAUCUCGACAACGACCGCGACCGCGCGCCGCGCAGAGGCCGCCGUGAGAGCCUGGACCGGUAUUACCGGCCGACUGUCAGCGUCACUACCGAUCUUGCUCGCGGCUAUGAGCAGAACGAGAGGCGACCCCGCGUCCCUCCGGUCACAACAUGGGGCCUGGACAAGCUAAACCGGGCGCCUGCUGGCGGCAUAUACGAUGGGGCUGGACUCCGUAUGCCCAUUCCUCCGACUGUUCCUCUGGCACCCGACCCGGGCCGCCACCCAAGUCUAGACCUUUCGUCUCGUACCCGUCCUGUCUCGCUCAUCCAGGACGCGUCGGGGCGGCCUGGCCAUCAUGAUGAGUACUACCGUGAUCGAGAGGAUGAUCUAAUCCAGCGCGAGAUUCGCGACCGGGAUUAUUUCCAAGAUGAAAGCGUCACAGCUCGCGGGUUUGGCAUCCGACUCGACGCAAAGGACCCCCCCGAGGACCAGAGACAUCCUUUUGAACCUCAGUUUCGCGAUGAUCGCCGCGAUCGACGAGAACCACGCAAGGACUUUGACGACUCCGUCGAUCGUGAGCCAAGAAAGUGGUCCGACGAUGACCUAGAUUCCAGCAAAAGGCGCGACUAUGAGGACCGUGAUCGCAGAAGCACCCGCGACCUCGAUCGUGAUCGUGAACGUGACCGGGAUCGUGAACGCGAGCGCGAACGCGAACGCGAACGCGAACGCGAACGGGAAGUUCAUGAUCGCGAGCGCGACCAGGACGAGCGUGAGAGCAAGAAAGAAAAGCUUCGCGAAAAGGUUGCUACAGGCCUAGGGCUUGCUGCUGCCUCCAUUGGCCUCGGAUCUGUUAUCAAAGACAAAGAUUCCAAAGACAAGGACGACUCCCAGAAAAGGAGGAGAGAAGAGGAGGGCGACCGCCGCAGCCCUGAUGGUCCCGAAUCCCGACCUAAGCCGAGCCGCAAAGAGCCGAUGCUCGGGGACGAAGAUUUUGAGAUCAUCGACCUGCCCAAGGAGAAGGAUCGUGAGCGCGAUCGUGAGCGCGAUCUCGACGUUCCCGCACGGGAUCGUAGUAAAUAUGACGAAGUAAAACCCACCGGCGAUGCCCUCGCAUCAGGCCCUCGAGACAACUCAACCUCAGCAGAGGAAGGCAAGCCGACGACUCGUCGACGUCUUCGCGCUUCGUCCGCAUUCAACCCGAACGACACUGCUAGUUUGGCAGCAUUGAAAGCGCAGCUAGCUGCCAGCGAGAAACCAGCCGAGAAGGGACUGCCCGAGAUCAGAGAACCACCUCCUGAGCGCAGGUUAUCGCCUGCCGAGAAGAGCGAAUUGGACGAUGAUUACACCGGAAGAGAGGAUCCGAGAGGCCGCGAGCUAGCAAUACCAGCGCGAGAUGACAAGCAAGUCCGUGUUGUUUCUCCGCCGAGGGACAAAGAUGACAAGAAGCCCAUAAAAGGCAUCCUCAAGCAGCCCAAGCCUCAGUUCCCAGAGGAGCCAAACCCUGUUCGCGAAGGAGUCGCUCCCCACAAGGACGACAAGACGAAAGCAAACGUGCCACCGGGUGCCAGGUGGACCAAAAUCAGCCGCAAAAUGGUCAACCCAGAGGCCCUGACUAUUGGCAAGGAACGCUUCGAAGUCCGCGACGACUUCGUCAUUGUGCUCCGCGUCUUGAGCAAGGAGGAGAUACAGGCUUAUGCAGCUGCUACGGCGCAGUUACGAGGUGAGUUUAUCUGA